UCCGGAAGUUCCUCCGGGAACUCCUCCGGAAGUUCCUCCGGGAACUCCUCCGGAAGUUCCUCCGAGAACUCCUCCGGAAGUUCCUCCGGGAACUCCUCCGGAAGUUCCUCCGGGAACUCCUCCGGAAGUUCCUCCGGGAGCUCCUCCGGAAGUUCCUCCGGGAGCUCCUCCGGAAGUUCCUCCGGGAGCUCCUCCGGAAGUUCCUCCGGGAGCUCCUCCGGAAGUUCCUCCGGGAGCUCCUCCGGAAGUUCCUCCGGGAGCUCCUCCGGAAGUUCCUCCGGGAGCUCCUCCGGAAGUUCCUCCGGGAGCUCCUCCGGAAGUUCCUCCGGGAGCUCCUCCGGAAGUUCCUCCGGGAGCUCCUCCGGAAGUUCCUCCGGGAGCUCCUCCGGAAGUUCCUCCGGGAGCUCCUCCGGAAGUUCCUCCGGGAGCUCCUCCGGAAGUUCCUCCGGGAGCUCCUCCGGAAGUUCCUCCGGGAGCUCCUCCGGGAGCUCCUCCGGAAGUUCCUCCGGGAGCUCCUCCGGAAGUUCCUCCGGGAGCUCCUCCGGAAGUUCCUCCGGGAGCUCCUCCGGAAGUUCCUCCGGGAGCUCCUCCGGAAGUUCCUCCGGGAGCUCCUCCGGAAGUUCCUCCGGGAGCUCCUCCGGAAGUUCCUCCGGGAGCUCCUCCGGAAGU